AUGGCAACUUUGAACCCUUUUGAUAUGUUGGAUGACGGCGCUAAGGAUCCGAGCCAGAUUGCCGUUUCCAUCGCUGCAGAUAAGCCUAAGAAACCUGCACCUGUUUCCGCUGUCUCUGCUAAGUCAUCUGCUCCGUCGAGGCAGCUUGCUCAACCUGUGAGAGAGGCUAGGAGUGAUGCUCCACGUGGCGGUGGACGUGGUGGUGGAGACGGUGGAUUUAGCUGUGGUCGUGGUGGUUACAACCGUGAUUUUAGAGGCGGUGAUGGUAACAGUAAGCCCUCUGAGGAAGCAUGCGUUUCAAAGCCUCUCUAUGAGAAACGUAGUGUAUAUGGCGGUGCUCGUCGUGGUGGUGGUCGACGUGGUGAAGCUGGUGACGGUGAACGUCCUCGAAGGACAUUCGAGCGUCAUAGUGGAACUGGCAGAGAGGGUGACAUCAAAAGCGAAGAAACUGGUUGUGGAAAUUGGGGAACACCAGGAGAAGGAGUUACUGAAGAAGUUGCUGGUGUUGAGACUGAGAAGCCCGUUGCUGAUGAGGUUGUUGCUGAUGCUAACAAGGAGAACACUGCUGAAGUGGAGGAGCAGAAAGAGUCUGAAGAAAAGGGUUCGGAUAAGGACAAACGCAAAGAUGACAAAGAAGAGAAGGCUAAGAAGGCUGUGAACAUCAACGAGUUUUUGAAACCAGGUGAGGGUGAGAACUACUACCGAGGAGGAGGUCGUGGUGGUCGUGGAAGGGGACGUGGUGGUCGUGACGGGGAAGGUGCUUCUGGUGGUGGAUUUGAUGGUUACCAUAGUGAAGCUGCGCCUGCCAUUGGAGAUACUGCUCAGUUCCCAUCUCUUGGGGGCAAGUAG